UUUCGCAUUUAUUUUCUUGUGAAUUGCGUCUAAUAGUCACAAAGUGUCAUAUAGUGAAGUGCUAAUUCCAUUGAGAAAAUCUCGACAGGGAUUUACUAAAUUACGACAACUUUGUAUUAAUUGUGACGGGAUGCGUACGUCAUGCCAAAAUGGUGGCCACAAAAAAGACGAAGAAGGCCCUUGAGUCCAUCAACUCUAGAUUGGCUUUGGUAAUGAAAUCUGGCAAAUACGUUCUUGGCCACAAGCAGACGUUAAAGACCCUGCGUCAGGGCAAGGCGAAACUUGUCAUCAUUGCCAACAACACUCCGCCCCUACGGAAGUCCGAGAUAGAGUAUUACGCCAUGCUUGCCAAGACUGGCGUUCAUCACUACAACGGCAAUAACAUUGAGCUUGGCACCGCCUGCGGGAAGUACUUCCGCGUGUGCACCUUAAGCAUUACGGAUCCAGGAGAUUCGGAUAUUGUUAAGGCCAUGCCCCAAGAGGUGUAAAUAAAACUGACCGCUUUCUGGUUGUCUGGACAAGUGUGGCAAGAAGGGAACCCUAUA